UUCUCAGAAACGUUAGUUUUGGUCGUUUCUUCCAUGCAGUCGGUGGCUUUCACUCUGUCUCACAAUGUCCGGACUUUACAGAGCUUCAGCCUUUGUUUCUGCCUUGAUUUUCUGUGGUGUUUUUAUAACCACAGAGGCUCAAACUCCUCUUCCAGCUCACACUUCUUGUGCCCUGAGAUCCAACACCAGUUGUCAUGAAUGCCUGCAGAAUGUGACAUGUUUGUGGUGCUCACCAACCAAACAAUGCAUGGACUACCCAGUGAGGAACAUCCUGCCCCCCCGCAGUAUGUGUGUACUGAAUGAUGCACGAUGGGGGGUGUGUUGGGUAAACUUCCAGAUUUUGAUCAUCGCCAUGUCGGUGCUGGGCUGCAUCUUCAUCAUCGCCAUUCUCACUUGCUGCUACUGCUACUGCUGCAAGUUUGAAAGACUCGGGAACAAGAGAGAAGACUCAAUGGUGGAGCGACAAAACAGCGCGAGGAAGACCCGUCAGAAAGCAAAGAGAACAGAAAUGCAGCAUAGACAUGAUGAAAUCAGGCAGAAAUAUGGUAUGGCAAAGGAUAAUCCAUACGCCCGUAUGGACGGUCAAUGAGAAUCCUACAAAAGUCCCAUAAGAUGAUUUUAUUGAUGCCAGUAACAUUGAGACAUAUGAGAAACUGUGAUUAUCUGAUUUGAGUUCAAUGUCCGCCAAAAAAUGUCAGCAAGAUGUUCUGAUUAUUUUGACUGAGUGUGCACUAUAUUUCAAACGCGGCUUCUUUGCCUAAUGUUUCAUAUUUUAUAUGCAUUGCUGUCUGUUAUUAUACCAGAUUAAUAUUUCUCAUGCCUUAAAUUUGAUGUAAAUGAUUAUAGGAGAAUAUGUUCAGUUAAUUUGUUUUUCUGUUGAUCCAGGAAACUAGAUACAAAUCUGUCAAAACAUAUUGUCCACCAUGAUAUGCAAACAUUACUGUGUUGUUCUGCAUAAAAAUGCAGUAUUGUAAGAGAUUUCUACAACUCCAGAGCAGAUCAAAGCUUGUGGUGCUUCUUUUAUAACUAGCCGUUUUAUUUUCAUACUACAUUUGUAAUACACACUAUCUUACCGAUUGUCAUUCGAGUCUAAAGUACCACAUUUAUUUUUAUAUAAAUAGUUCAUUUAUAACAUGUAACUCAUUUUACACGUUUUUUGCUAUUUUAUCUGUGGAUAAAUAUGAGAAUCAGUAUUUGUUUCAGGACGUUCUUGGAUAAAAGAAAUGUAACUGCAUGUGAGGGAUUUGAUUAUUGUGCAGCUUUUGUUAAAAAACAAAUUGUGAUCAAUGAAAAAAUAAAUGAAUAAAAUUUUAUUUGUGA